AUGAAUUUCUCACGGCAGACCCCUGUGGAGGAGGUUCAGUUUACUAAAGUUAUAGCGAUAUUGUUACAAUUCAAGGAGUAUCGAGUUACAGAGUUGUUUCUUACCCAGCUAGUUGCUUUGGCCUCGAAUUACAUAGAUGACUUGUUGGUUCAAUUAUUGGGGUAUGCCCAAUUGCAAAGACGUCGAAAGCCAGCUCUUUCAGACAUACGAAUACUUUUCAAGCUCAACAAUGUCCCAACUCGAGACUUGGCACAUGAAAUAGAUACAACGAGACAUUUUCCCCAAUUGUAUCGACAGCAGAUUCAAGAUGUAAUGAAAGAAAGCGCGGUGCAACAAGACGAGAGUAUUGAAUCGUUACCAUUUUUCCAAAACGAGCACAAUGCUAUUGCUGCUGUGGUACCAAAUUUACGAAAGAAACCCAGCUAUGUGCCAUCGUAUCUACCUGACCUUCCUUCCGAUUACACGUACCAGUCGACUCCUAUAUAUACGCAACCGUUGAAAGAUUUGAAGCAGCUUCGAAUAAAGUUGGUGGAACAGUCGAGGAUGACUGAGAAGUAUUUGUAUGAGCUUAUUGAGAACGAUGACGUUGAAAACAACAUAAAGACAAAUUUUGAGAAAAAGUUGCAGGAGAUGAUACAAGAUGAGAGUAGUAGGAAAAAGGAUAGUGUUCUUGAAGAGGAGGUGCAUGAGAAGCAACCGAUUGCAAAUGAACAACAUGAAAGCGAGCAAGACCCAACCAUUUUCAAGUUUGAUUUUGAGAAAUAUGCUCGACAACGAAAAAACAUUAGGUUGAAAAGAGAACGAGAGUUUGAAGCCAAGAGGAAUUUACGAGACUCAAAUGUGUUUAUUAAAGCAGAAACCUACUUUAGCCCAUAUGCAACGAAGAAACCCACAAAAGAGACAAGUAUAUAUUUCAAAAAUGUCCUAGAUGAGGAAUUUGAAAAAGUGAUUGUUUCCCUAAGACUAAAGGAAAUGGAAAAACAAGAGGCAGAGAUGAAGGAAAGAAAACAAAGAGAAGAACGUCAACUUCGAGAGAAAAAUGAAAUACAAUUUGAUUUUUCCAAUUUUAAACGACAUUACAGCAGUGACAGUAACAGUGAUAGUGACAUUGGUAAUGACAUGUUUAAUGAGGAAACAACUGAAUUUCUGUGA